CAAAUAAGAUGAUGACAUCAACACGUGACAUCAGCAAGUCUAGUCUUUUACUCAGCCUACACUGAGUGACUGGGUGACAUGCCAAAGUCCUCUCAGUGGAUAUUGUCUGCUCCUCAUUUUUUCACAUUGUUUGUGUUGAAAAGUUAUUUUAUCUCAUUAUGAGUAUUUGAUAAUGAUUUGUGACAUCAUCAGUUAUGAUGCAGAUAACUGUAUUUUUCUUUUUUCUUUUCGUCGUUCAGGUGUCUCCAGGUGUGACAGGUGUUAUUCAGCACACAGUGAGAAGAAAGGAAGGAGAUACCGUUACUCUGCAGACACAGGACACUGGAAGCAAGGAUAGGAUCACAUGGCUUUUUGAGGGGAAAAUGAUAGUGGAGAGUCCAGCCACAAAGGGAGAUGUCUACAAAAAUGAUACAGACCCAUUUAAAGGCAGACUGCAGCUGGAUAAUCAGACUGGAGCGCUCACUAUCAGAUCUGUUAACUCUGAUGAUGCAGGCAUAUAUAAACUACAAAUCUUAAAAAAAGGAGUCAUGUCCACUUGGGAGUUCAACUUCUCUGUGUACGCUCCUGUAAGGUCUCCCACCUUCAGAAGGGGAAUUUCUCAGAAAUCCUCUCAGUGUGCAGUGGAGUGCUAUGUGAAGAAUGGCAGUGAGAUGAGCCUGUCUUGGUACAAAGGGAAUGAGCUGCUGAACGAAACCAGGGUCCAGACGGACCCUGCUGUCACUCUGAUGACUGAGCAAGAAGAUAACGGCACCUACUCUUGUUUGGCUUCUAAUCCAGUCAGCAAUAUAAAAAUCCAACUCAACAUUUCUGAGGUCUGUGUCCAAGCUUUAGACAUUGCCACAGGUUCUACAUUCCUACAAGUCCUUGGAGGGCUAUGCAUAAUUCUGCUGGUUGGCCUCCUUGUGAUGGCAUUAUAUUGUUUACAAAAGAGAAUCUCCGUAAUUAAGUUUGAAGCUGACCACAGUGUUGAAGAAAUAAACUAUGUUGAUAUCAACAUUCCGGGAAAUGCAUUAAAACCCAAUGUGCAAAUCGAGUUCACCAGAGAAACUGAAACAGAGAAGUUGGUGCAGUGGUCAGAUGACAUGUUCAGAGUAGUAAAACAAGCAGCAGUAAGGUGAGUACACAAAUUUACAUUUAUUAUCCUAUCUUUCCGUAAAGCACUGAGCAUCUUUUAGUUCACUCUGUUUGCUAAACAUUACAUUUUGUCUCUGAAGGAUUGUUUUAUUGCGUUUCUUUCCCUCUUCCCAUUUUAAUAUCCAUCAAUGAACACGUCUUCAGGAACCUUAGGUUUCCAAUUUUAAUAUUACAUGUUCUAGGUAAUAUUUACAUGUUCAAAAUAACUACAAACAUUUGUGUGGAAUGGUAUUAGCGUUCUGACACAGAAAGCUUUGAUAAUUAUCACAGCCUCAGCAGCAUCUUUUUUUGUCUCUGAGGUAAUCAGUUCUUCUGGUAGUGUGCACUCUGACCUGUGUUUGUUGACCACCACAGGCCAUGUCUCUGUGGUGACAUCUUUUUUCUUUUUUUUUGUUUUUUUAUCUAUAUCAAUAUCCUGUUCUGUAGC